AAACGACACAUCUGACUGUAGCCAAGCUAGCGGCUCCGUGUUUUGACAACCAAUCAAGACAAACGGCGACGGUAUCGCUACUAAUAUAAUUGCGAGAGCUCGGCUGUCCUGUUCUUUUAUUUCGGCGCGGGUGGACGUUAAAAUAACAUUUUUUUUAAAAAUUGUAAAUCAUCGGAACCUGCUGGUCCCCAGGUCUACCUGAUGAGUAUGAGCCUGACUACAGAACCCCCUAACGAUGGUCCCACAGUUACAGAAGUUUCCAACCCGUCAGAGAGUAAAAUGACUACACCUGAGAAGAAGGACAAGAAGCCAGAUGAUGUGCCUGAGGAAGAGGAGGAGGAGGAAGAAUACGUGGUGGAAAAGGUCCUGAAUCGGCGGGUGGUGAAAGGGAGAGUAGAAUAUCUUCUCAAGUGGAAAGGCUUCUCAGAGGAAGAUAAUACGUGGGAGCCAGAAGACAACCUGGACUGUCCAGAUUUAAUUGCAGAAUUUCUGCAGUCCCAGAAAACGGCGCACGAUGGAAAGCGGAAGGCGGCCGGAGACACAGAUGGAGACGAAAAUAAAACAAAGAAGAAAAAAGACGACACAGAGAAGCUAAGGGGCUUUGCUCGAGGGCUGGAUCCAGAAAGGAUUAUUGGUGCCACAGAUUCCACAGGAGAACUCAUGUUUCUGAUGAAAUGGAAAAAUUCUGACGAAGCGGACCUGGUGCCGGCGAAGGAGGCCAAUGUGAAGUGUCCGCAGGUGGUCAUCUCUUUCUACGAAGAGAGACUUACUUGGCACUCGUAUCCCACCGAAGACGAGAAAAAAGACGACAAAAACUAACACAGGGCGAAGGGGCAGGGGCAAAAAAGAAACUGUAGUUUUGAACUUCAUUGUACUUUCGGCAGGAUUCGGGGAGGGAGGGGAUCAGAGACAAGCAAGACAUCAAUGGACUCAUUCGUCUUUUGGUGUAGUAUCACUCAUUUGAUUCUGCUUUUAUCUGGUUAGAACCUAACUGUAAAUAUGCUUCAGGUUUGCUUGACAAAAUCCAAAUGAAAUGUACAACGCAGUGUUCACUGAGGAUCCACUCCAGUUUUAAGAAAACUGCUCGGCUACUUCAGUAACUUUUUCACAUAGCAUUUGGUCCAGUGUUCAGUCAUCUUGCUAUGGCGUUGUAUUGGUGAGGUGAUGUUUUUAUUUCAUUAGUGUGCCAUUUUUUUUAUAAACGCAUCGGUGCUUCUGAGGGCAAAACUGUGUUCAUCUUAGCUGUUUCCUUAGGACCCGUUUGGUGUAUCAUUAUGGACCCUUUUCGGUGAUUCAUUUGGUCAUUGGAAAUCUUUGUAGUGUUUUUCAUGAACAUGUCUUGCUUGUCGGUUUUGGAGAAUAAAUCACUUUUUGUUAC